AUGGCGCGCUCGUGCUCCCUCUCGACCUCGCACGACGAUGAGAAGAAGAACUCAUUUAGCGGGAGCGACAAUGAGUCCGAGGACUCGUCCUCCAGCCGCAGUGCGUCGGCCUCGUCGAGCGGCUCUUCUUCGUCCGUCUCGAGUCCUCCACGUGCGAGCCCCGAAAAGGGCAGUUGCGACGCGUUAGCGAUGGAGCGAAUGGAGCGGCACCGGCGUCUCCGACGGUUGCUCUCGCAGCGCAACGUGGGUGACGCCGUCGCCGUGGACGACGGAAAGUACGUGGAGCCGUUCACCGCCCGCAAGGGCGCGCUGGACGCAGACGACAGCGUCAUCCUCUCCACCUUCUCCAACGCACUUCUCUUCUCGCGGCUUCUAGCUGUUCUCAGCUUCUCUGACCAUCCUGCACGUUUGGAAAACUUUGAAGGGGUACUUUCAGCCACGAACCCGCUUUUUUACCGGAAUUUCAAGCUGCCACUAGAGGAGACCGCGGCUCAAACGGCGAGGGGCAGUGCGUUGACGCACCGUGGCUGUGCCGCCCUGGAGCGCGGCGGCAUCGUCGUUCGUCGACGGAAACGUGAUCGACACACGCACACGGCUGCUUCUGCGGCUUCCGCGGAGGCAGUUAGGCGUGGCCGCGCAGCGGGUGAUCCGUCGGAGCGCCGCGGGAGCACGGCAACGUCGGGCAUUAUUGCGAAUUCGUUGCGGAGUUGGGAACAACACUUGGCGGAAGAGCUGAGGGCGGAGGGUGUCUCCAUCGAAACGUUCAGGCAGCAGCGGCACGGCAACAGUUACGUGGAGGAGCGCCGUUUUCUCCAAGAGUCCCAGUGGGCUGACUACCAGCGCGAACUGCGGCUUGAGGAGAAACGAAAGGAACAAGAGGCCAAGCGGGCGAUUCGUCGUGGCGAAACUAAUACUAACUAA